CCCUCUGGCCGAAUUGUUGAUGGACCUUCUGUAAGUCGUUGGUGCAUGAGGAAGAGAAGAGAAGAGAAGGGAGGGCCCCCACAAAUAUCCAGAGAUUCCCAUGGAAUCUUCCUUCCUUCACCCAAAUUCCCCUCCUUCCCCAUCUUCCUGCUCCCUUUAUCAGAGCUUCCCCUCCUCCCCUUUCCCUCCUAACAGGAGGCGCUACUACCAUCAUCUGCUUCUCUAGCUGAAGUGUUUUGCUUUUACUUUUAUGCUCCCCAUGAAAACCCUUAAUUCCCGAUUCGUUCUCCUCACUAUCAGCCGAUCUCCCUCCUCCUCCUCCAGGUCCCUAGCUCCCUGCAGCAGCCACUCCCCCUCUUCUUCUUCUUCUUCUUCUUCUUCGUCUUGCUCCUUUAGGCAGUCGCGGCUCCGGCGAUCUGUCCGGGCGUCGUCGUCGAGGGUCUUCUCGUCGCCGCUGGUGCGCCGGCCGGCAGACCGGUUCGGGAAUGGGAGCUCGCCCCCCCUGCAGGCACCGUCGACUUUCCAGCCAUCGGAUUCGUCGGCGGCUUCGGACUUGGCGUUGUUCCUCGAGUUGAUGCCGGACAGAAUGAGGAGGGAGGUCACGAGGCAUCCGGAGCUUGGGGAUCUCAUCGAGGUGGUGAUGGAUCUCGGGAGGAAGCCCCUCGCCAGGUUCCCCACCGGUGAUUGGGCAAUCUCCGAGCAGCCUGUCAAGCUCGAGGAUCUCCGGCACGCCAUCUCCAAGGUUGGUGAUUUUUCUGAUGACAACAGAUCUGGCAUUAAUAGCUCUCUACAUCGCAUAAGUGCCAUUAGAAACCGAAAGAUGCAAAUAAUUGGUCUUACUUGCCGAGUUGGCCGUGCCAUAGCUGGAAGUGCGGAGAUGAUAAGAGACUUGGUUGAAAGUGGGGGUUCCAUCUUAGUGAUUGGACCCCCUGGUGUUGGAAAGACAACAUUGAUCAGGGAAAUUGCUAGAAUGCUGGCAGAUGACCACAAGAAGCGGGUGGUCAUCAUAGAUACAUCAAAUGAGAUUGGAGGUGAUGGGGAUGUCCCCCACUCAGGAAUAGGUCGUGCAAGGCGAAUGCAAGUGCCAAACGUUAAUAUGCAGCAUAAUGUUAUGAUUGAAGCAGUUGAAAAUCAUAUGCCAGAAACUAUAGUCAUUGAUGAAAUUGGUACUGAGCUUGAAGCAUUGGCAGCUGGUACAAUUGCUCAGAGAGGCGUCCAGCUCGUUGGGACAGCACAUGGAAUGACAAUCGAAAGUAUCAUAAAAAAUCCUUCUUUGCAGAGUCUUGUUGGUGGCGUAGAGAGUGUAACACUUGGUGAUGAUGAAGCAAAAAGAAGAAAAGUCCAGAAGACAAUUCUUGAGAGAAGAGGUCCUCCAACAUUUACAUGUGCUGUUGAGAUGAUAUCCAGGGUAGAGUGUCGUGUUCAUCAUAACCUAGAGGCAACUGUUGAUGCUAUCCUUGCAGGGAAGCCUCCUCUAUUUGAAGUGCGGCACAUGGAUGGCAUGCUUGGCGAGCAUGCACAGUCUAGGUUGGUUCCUGAGAAGUAUCUAACUGAGGUUUCUGGCACUAGUAUUAAUAAUGUUGAAGAGAAGAUUCCAGAAGCUGGUAUAGAUGCGUCUACUGGACUUGUUAGCAAGCCUGUGGGUAGAUCAUCCAGCUAUCAGUCAAUGCCAGUACGCUUGUACACUUACAAGAUUUUGGAAGCUGAUCUGUUACAAGUGGCAGAAGUAAUGGGCAUAGAGAAUGACAUAGAGAUAACUGACGAUAUUGGAUCAGCAGAUGCAAUUCUUGCGCUAAAUUCUGAGAUUAAGCAGAAUCCUUGGAUUCGUGGGGUUGCAAAAUUUCAUCAGCUGCCAAUAUUUGUGAUUAAGAAAAAUACUAUGGCUCAAAUGGUGAAGGCAAUCCGCAUGAUCCUUGGGAUGGAUAAUUUUGGAGCUGCACAAAACAGGCCAGUUGAUCCUGUCUAUGGAAGUAUUGAGGUUGAAGAUGAUGCACCAGCAAGAAAACCCUCCCUUGAGGAGAUUGAUGCGCUAGAGGAGGUUCGCCUUGCAAUUGAGUACAUUGUGAUCCCUGGUGGAGAGCCUGUAGAACUAUUGCCAAGAUGCUCUCAGAUAAUUGCUCGUCAGUUGGAGCUUGUAGAAAGCUAUCAGCUAACUGCAGAGAGAUCAGGGACAGAACUGAACUCAAGGCUGCAGAUUCUUCCGCAGAGGAUUAAAAACACAAAGUCGUCUUCAUCUGCUAAGCUCCCGGCUUCUUCUAGAGACUCCAUGUUGGGGUUUGAUACACUAACCAGUAACGGUGGAGGAACAAGCGUCACCCGGCUGCCUCUGCUGCCUGAGUAACCUAAACCGGCAGAUUGCGGGAAGGUUGAUUUCCCUUUCAACCAUCCAAUCUGUAAGAUGAUGUCCAUUAGCAGCGUGUAUAUGAAAUUCAUUUUAAUCAUUGUAUAUCGCAUUCAUGUUGUAUUAUAUUUGUAAUCUGAUUGUUCAACAAAAUGAAAAUCUUGAUUACUCGACAAAAUAAAAGGAAAAGCGUCUCUCUCUCUCUC